CCAAGUGCACUCGUAUUUCGUGUUUUGGUGUUAACAGUGACGUUUGCAAUUGGCAAAAUGCUGGUGUCCAACAUGGCCGUGCACCCGCACCAUCAACAACAGCACGUGGCGUAUGUGGACGAGAUGCGGAACAUGACGUUCAGCCCCACGUCGCCGCCGCCCAACCACCUGCCGCCCCCGCUGAACAUGCCUCCGCUGCCGCUGCACCAGUCCCACGUGCAGCCCCAGCAGCCCCCUCAGCAGGUCAUGUUCCUGCAGAUGGCCCCGAGUCAAGGCGGCAGCGGACAUCUGGCUUCCAGCGUCAACUCGCAGUCGACGCCGUCGCCGCCGAUGGUCGGCCCCAAGGACUGUGACUCUAUCAAGCUGUUUAUCGGACAGAUUCCCAAGCACUUGGAGGAGGAGGACUUGCGGCCCAUGUUCGAGGAGUUUGGCAAAAUCUACGAGCUCACCGUCCUCAGGGAUAGGGUCACCGGAUGGCACAAAGGUUGUGCCUUCCUGACUUACUUCAACCGGGAAAGUGCGCUAACCGCCCAACGCGUUCUGCAUGAACACACGACUUUGCCAGGGAUGAACCGUCCUAUUCAAGUCAAACCUGCAGAGAGUGAAAACCGCGGAGAAGAACGCAAGCUUUUCGUGGGUAUGCUAAGUAAGCAACAGACUGAAGAGGAUGUUCGACAGCUUUUUACGCCAUUCGGAACAAUAGAAGAGUGCACUAUUCUCAGGGGACCCGACGGAGCUAGCAAAGGUUGUGCUUUUGUCAAGUUCGGCUCACACCAGGAAGCGCAAGCAGCUAUCACAAACCUGCACGGUAGUCAAACUAUGCCGGGAGCCUCUUCGAGCCUAGUGGUAAAGUUUGCAGACACAGAGAAAGAACGCCAGUUGAGACGUAUGCAGCAAAUGGCCGGCAACAUGAGUCUCCUCAACCCCUUCGUUUUCAACCAGUUCGGCGCAUACGGAGCUUAUGCACAGUGCGACGGUUUGCAGCAGCAGGCAGCCUUGAUGGCCGCGGCUACUGCGCAAGGUACCUUCAUAAAUCCCAUGGCGGCGCUCGCAUCCCAGAUGCCUCACGGCGCUCUCAAUGGUAUGGCUAACCCUGUCGUGCCUCCUACCUCAGGAGCGGGUACAGGCCAGCCUGUGAACGGGGCUAUUCCCAGCCUUCCCUCCCCCACCAUGCCCAACUUCAAUAUGGCGGCACAAACCCCUAACGGUCAACCCACCCCAACUGACCCUGGGGUCUAUACUAAUGGCAUGCCACAAACAUACCCUGCACAUGGCCUUCACCUGUCCAUUUCAGCCCAAGGUAUGCCGAAUGGAGAGGCGGCUCUGCAACAUGCAGCCUACCCUGGAAUGCAGCCGUACCCCGGAGUCGCUUAUCCCGCAGUAUACGGCCAGUUCACGCAAGCUAUUGCCCAACCCAUAACGGCAGUUCCCCCUACUCAGAGGGAAGGGUGUUCGAUCUCGGGACCAGAGGGGUGCAAUCUCUUUAUCUACCACUUACCUCAAGAGUUCGGAGACGCCGAGCUUAUGCAAAUGUUCCUUCCAUUUGGAAACGUCAUCAGUUCAAAAGUCUUCAUCGACCGGGCAACGAACCAGAGCAAAUGCUUCGGUUUUGUGAGCUUUGACAACCCUGCAAGCGCCCAGGCAGCCAUCCAGGCUAUGAAUGGCUUCCAGAUCGGCAUGAAGAGACUCAAAGUGCAGCUCAAGAGGCCCAAGGACGCCAACCGUCCUUACUAACCUCACUUUCAACCUAGGGACCGAUCACAUUGUGUGAAUGGUGUGCCAUGCAAGAUUUACUGAAACUGCUUCUCCUUCUGCUAUCACCACUCCGGUGAAACACACACACAAAACGUAUUCCGACUGCUGCUUCAGAAAAUUUGGAAGUCGCCGGAAGUUUACGUCUAUGUUUCAACACCACGUUGAAUUUGUGGCGUAACUCGCGCACGCGACGAUUGAAUAUUGUAUAUUGCCGUUGAUGAACGACCGAGCAAACGUCGCUCGCAAAGACAAUACGAUGAAUCAGCAACACUUUUGUACAGCUUGCCAAAGAGUUUUAGUAAGACGGACUGGUACUUCUCGCUGCUGUUUGAUGAAAAAAUCGGUCGCUCGACGCCGCCGACGCAAAGGAAGAUGACGAAGGAAAGAAUCUGUUCGCGAACGGACGUUCAGUGUCGAGCAGAAUCGAAUUUAAUCUCCGCGAGUGAAGCGAGAACUAGAAAGGCUUGCAGUCUCAGACGACCCACUAUUAUUCCAUGAACAGUCACGGAUGAGAUCUAUAAGCAUAAUGAUAUAUUAUUACGAGCAUAAUUGAUGAGAAGAAACAUAGUCAUUCUAGUUCUUUAGCGAGAGAAGCGAUUAUGAAAAUACACACACACACACACACACAUGAUUAUUACCCUUAGGUAAUACUACUAGUAGCAAGUAGGUAAGAACAUGAUGAUUACAAAAUGAAGAAGAUGAUAAAAUAUUAUUCUUAAUUAAUAUUAAUGAUGAUUAAACGACAAGGUUAAAGAGAAACCAACGCCCAGCCCCAAAUUUCCUGCCCUGUAAUUGUAAAAAGUCACACUCCGAUCAGCAUCUUGCUCUUUUACUCUUUCUCUGUCUCACGAACAAACAAACACACACACACAAUCUACGGUUAUGAUUAUUAUUAUUAUGCAUAAUGAUGAUAAUAUUUAUACAUAAAAUACUGAUAAUUAAUUAAAACGCUGACGAUAUGUAACUUAACUUACUAAUGAGAGCGAAAACGAUCAUUGGUAUAGAGCAUACACACGUAAUACACACACUCACACAUUAUGAAACACACAAACACACUUCUAUUACUACCCCUAAUUAAUUAUCGCGCAUAUAAAUUGAGAAAAGUUAAUUAAAACACACAUGCCACAUACAAACACAUACACAAGAGACCGAAGCUUCUUCUUGGACAGGAUGAGCGAUUUAUUAUUUCCGAAAUGUAAACAUCUGACACUUUUGUUGCUUAAGCUGUGAUAAUUGCGCGCAUUUUAAGUGUUGCCAUAAUAUUGCUGUUUUACCCUGAGUUAUUUACCCGAAAAUCCCGUCGAUAGCUAAAGUAGUGAUUCGUUAAGUUAACUUAUUUUUAGCUACAUACACUACACGCGAACCUAGUGAGUUGUGACGCGGAGACGAUCUUUGUAGUCGGUGUUUUUGAUUUCUCGACUGCCAAUCGAUUGAUUGUUUGCUGCACGCGAUGCGGGGCAGUCCCAAUGGGAACAUUUGCCCCCAGUGCAAAAAAGCUCUGCUCUGAUAAUUCAGCAAAAGCGACGGAUUGUGUAGGGCACGCGUGCUUUGUUGCUUCUCUUAGCAGGAUGAUAUUGUUAAUGCAAACGACUAAUUUGCUAUUGAUUGAUUAUGUCUCAGUAAGUAAUUAUACUUAAUUAAUUAAGGACGUUGAAAAACGUUGACAGGGAGCAGCCCGUGUGUAAAGCAAGUGUGCAUUUUUAAUUCUAGGUUCUUCCGUUGGUCGAAUGUACAACGCGCGUCUAGUUUUUUCAUUCCAGAAAACAUAGAUCACAUUAAGAAUACGGAGUGUAUAGAACUGCUGAUUUGACUUAUCUAUACAGAAUAUUGUGUAUAUAACCUAAAUCUACUCUCAUGGUUGCAUAAUUAAAAAUAAUUAGCCACUCAUCUUGAUUAAUAGCCUUACAAGGUUUGCAAACGCGAAGCUAUCAGUUAUUACGUGCGCAUCAGUUGACAGAAAAUAUCACAAGGUACAAAAGCAAAACAUUAAAUGCGAGAGAGUUUUGGUGGUAUAUUUUUAUUAAAAAUUACCGCAGCAGGGCUAUAAACACGCAUACCUACAUUUAAACACACUCACAUACACCCUUUACAAGCGAUUCUUACGAGAGCGAACAUUUCUUAAUUUGUGAUCUCGCUAUUAAAUUCUAGUCAAAAUCCAACAGUCUAUCAAUUUCAAAAUGCAGACAGAAUCAAAAAGCCCGGUCAGAUUAGAGAAAACGUUGUUGAAACUGCUGGCAGAAACAUUUCGGUGUUGUGUGGAAUAUGAAUUCGCAUUAGUCGCGUAUGAUUUCGAGUUGUGACUUCGGUUAGCCGUUUUUAAAAAACAGAAAAGAAGGCGUUUGACAACCACGUAUGUGAGAUAUCAGUUUGCUACUUGAAGAGACGGGAUAUCUUUUAGUCGUAAAACAAAGUGUAAGGACUUUUGAGAGCGAACUGUUUCUAAAGAUAAUUAAAGAGUCAACUUUUAAAAAGCGAUAGCGUUAUAGAACGAACAGGUAGACUCAGAGUAGAGAGGAGCUGAGUUUCUUUCGAGUGUCCGCGCGCGUAAUUUCAUUUCUCAGCAAAGAGCUUUUUUCAUUUUUCAUAAUAUUUUCAAUGCAUUAUUGUUGGCUAGAAUGUCACAGCAUAGACUUACGGCAAAAAUUUCAUUGUAAUUAAUAAGGUCAUCAAUCUACUUUGAUAAAAAAGAAACAAAUACAAUACAACCACUGUAUAAAGCAUUUUCAAGCCCCCCGUUUAUUAAAAACCAGAACAAAACAUUAUAUUGUAAAAAAAACAGCAAUGCAAGUGAUCUUGGAUACAGGGUAUGCUUUUACUUCAUAGUUAAUGUCUGUGUUUUUCUGUCAACAAAACGAGAGGAGUUCUUAAAAUGCAAAUAGCGAAUAUUUCUGCGUAAUUUGAUAGGGAUAAAAGUGGUAAAUUUCUAAUGACGACGAUGACGAAACAUGAUGAUGGUGAAUAUGGUAAUUUUUGUUAAUAAGCGAAGAGAAUUUCAAUCGAUUCAAAUGUGCACGAACGGAAUAUACUCAUAGCUCAACUUCUACUGAUCAUUAUAUUGGUACACGUUUUUGGAAGCAAAUUCACGUAGCGCGCUUGUGUGUGCAGAAUCUCUGAUAUUUCUUUCCACCCCAUCCGGCUGAAAAACACUCCUGUCACUUUCAUUGCAAUGCUAUUGCCGCUUCAUAAACUUCGCGAGACGAUGUAGGGUAGGUGACAACAAACUUUUGUCAAACAGAUUUCCUUGAGGAAAAUUAAAAUGCUCUUGUCAGUUUCAUUCGGUACGGAAUAUAACAAUGCGAAUGUUGUGCAUCUCUCUCAAAACACUACACGACACACUCUGGACACAAAAACGUUUUUAAGAAAGGAACGGAUAAAAUCAGACAAAAUUAUUAAGUAUGUAAGUAGAAAGACUGACUUUUUUACAUACUAAAGUUAAAAAAAAAGAAAUUAACGCGAGGUUGAUUGAUAAGUCACUACUUUUUGCUAACUAUCUGUACGACUCGAUGUUACCACCGCUGCUGUGCAUCAGUUGGCAAACUAGCACACUCACUCAAUCUUUAAACCAAUCAGUCGCUUUUAGACUCGCGCCAGAAAAAUUAUUUGAUUGCAGAAAAUUCGAAUCAGUUGUUCAAAAGUGUUGGAAACUAAACAACUUCAAUCACUCGGUGUGUCACUGCAAGAUUGAUUUCAGACAAAGUGAUGAGAUCAAUUCCUUUUGAGAAAGUUAGAAUACGCACUCACUGUCCGAUUUGAUCAAAAACAGCAAAAUGCAACCCCUAAUCGGCUUGUUUUGUUUCUCGGUCGACAUGCCUUGUAAAUAGAACGGAAGGAUAGCUGUGUAAAUACUGCAUUGUAAUCAACAAAACAUCUCAAUUCCUACUGCAUUUCAACAUCUUUUCCUCCACGAUCAAAGUUAUGGACUUCCACUGGCAAAAAUUUGGCUAAAACUUUGAUAUUGUCGGUUUAAAGUGGCAAUCCCUAAUUUUCGACCAGGUCCAUUACGACACUGGAAGUGUGUGAACAGUGUGAAUCAUCUCGUUGAAAAUGCAUUUUUCCUUCAGAAAAUAACUUUUUCUGACAAAAGUGAUCAAACACAUCAUAUGAAUUUCUAUUCCACCACGCAGAGCACACAACUGUAAGAUGAUGAAAAAGGACAGCUUUAAUACAUGUACGUGUGGUGAACACUUUUUAAAUGCAAAUUCCUCAUUUGAUCAACAAGAAGUCUCAUUAUAUAAAUGCGAUACGAAAACUCGCCUCCUUGAUGGUAUAAGAAUAAUUGUUUAUCCCAUGGUUGUUGUUGUCUUUUCAAUGUUCCAAAACACUCACUUUUCAAUGUCUCUCGUCAAGGGAGACGCACACAAAAGACAAUAAUAAUGAAAAUCCUCUUUCGUUUUUUGAUAAAUGCGGUAAAUGGUGCUGCCGCGAAAAUUUUGUGUUCCAAAAGAUAUUCAAUCUUUUGUUUCUCGAGCUCAAAAUCCCCUAUCGAUGGUUAUAAAAUUGAAACCCCCUGUUAAUGUAUUGAAGCAUUUAAAAUGCACCGCGAGUAGAGAAAUCUGGAUCCACCAAACCACAAUUAUGCAAAAUGCAAUCAUGGCAUAAACGGUUGUUGCACUUGACCGCGACGAUGAUUUUGUUUCUUUUUGCGUUCUUUCUCUUUGCUUUUCACGAUUUAGAUGUUUGCAAAGGAUGAAACUUCUGUGAUUCCAGGUGUAAAUUAUUAUAAUACCAUCAGACGAUGUUUUUAUCAGACCAAACCGCAUGAAAUUCAGUUUUAAAGCGAACGGUAUGAUUCUUGGGAGACGCGAAUGAUUAUUGAUUGAAAAAUGUAGGAAAACCUCGUUGUGUUUCUCCGCAGUGAAAAUCAUAUUUAAACACGACGAACCAGAGACAUUGAUGUGUGUACCAAUCAUAAUCAAUAUUGUCUAUUUUGGCAAAAACCUGUGUAAAUACUGUAAGCAAGAAACUAAUUAACCGCAUGAACCUACCGAAUCAACCGGAACUCAAUUAUAGUAGGCGCGCGAAUCUUCUGAACUGUGAGAAAUCAUUAAACGUGGACACAAGAGAGCCCGAUUUAAGAAAAUGAAUCUUUCUAAAUACAGGUAGAGUGCGUUCAAGAAGAACGGCGUCAGUAUUUUUGAGAAGAUUUCACUCAAAUAGUGCCACAAUUGAAAAAAGAGACAUUAUUAUAUCAACGUGCUGAACUUCACUAAACAUGCAGAAACAAUUGUGCGCGAGUCGUUUCAACGCAGCAAGCUCAGAAUUUUGACUAAAACACACUCACACAAAUACACGACGCAUCUAGCAGACUUUCGUUUUUGGGUGUAUUAUUUCUGCUCGUGCGAUUUUUAUCUCUGUCACACAUGCUUGCAUAAACACACCGAACAAAGAUUUGUUUAAAAAAAAUAACACAGAAACCCUCUGACGGCUCAAUUGAGAAUUUUAUCGCAGAUUCUGUAAUAUUCGUAUUUUGCCAUAAAGCGCGACUAGUCUUUUUUCAUUGUAUGCAAAUCGAUCGGAUCAAAUGAGAAGGAAAGCAGUGUAUCCACUCACUCACACACUUCACACGCAGCUGGGGAAAUCAUCUCUGUUUAUUAGCAUAUCAGAAAUCAACAUGAUGUUGGAGCUUGAACACAAGAACUCUUUUUAAUUACACGAUAAAAUAUUGAGGAAAAUAUUAACGAUUAAAAUCUACACACUCUAUACUAAUAACGUUUAAAAGAUACAAACAUGCAGAACACUCAAAGUAUCGUGACUAUGAGAUAUAAUUGAAUUUCAGUAAAAGAGAGAAAAAGAGAGAUGGGUCAAUUUUAAUAUGCCACUAUUCUUCUCUUAAGACUACAUUACGAGAACGCAAAGUUUCAAACUAGAGUGAAUUUUGCCGUUUCCUUUUGUUACGCUCCUAUGCAUUGGUUAUUAUUAUUAUUCUAAUUAUAAUGUAAGUUUAUGGCCACAUACUUUUCCUGACUCGAUUAAGCAAGCGUGAGAUAAUUAAAAUGAAACAAGGAGUACUUAAUAAGAAGAAUAUUUACUAUUGUAAGGACGAUGUACACACUAGGACUUAAAGGGUUGAGCAAAUCUAACUAAAGUUAAAUAGCGAGCGACUUGGAUUCCUAGUUAAAUAAUCAGCUCUUCUACUUCUUUCUCUCUCACACAGACUCAAGUUGAAAACGAUUACAAGCUGGAAAGGGGUUCGAGUUAACGAGAACGCGCGGCGAAACUUGUUUCAUUUUCAGUGAGCUGAAAUUGCGAUAGCAGCCAUUGAAAAAACGCGUUUGACUAGCUUCAUUUUUAGUUCACUUUUCACCAGCAGUUAAAUAUUUUGCAUACCGUAAUUAUUUCACCACGUUCAGUUUUUGAUUUUUGCGAAAAUGAUAGACACGGCAGCAGCCUGUCGCAUCUGAAAGCUAUUGAUAGCUGCGUUAUCACGUUGCCCUCUAGACCAAAAUACGAAAUGAGCAGUGGGAGCAGGGGAAACGGUUUUCACGCGGAAUUACAUAAGAAAUAGUGAUAAGCAGCAUUUUCUGACAAAGAGUACUUUGUGUAAUUUAAAAGCAGAAGUGAAGGGAUGACCGCUUUUUGAUAGGAAAAAAUGCUAUACACACGCAUUAUUGAAUGCCGACACAAACACAUACAUACAAAUAAAAUCAUAUUUCAUCAUCACGAGUAGACAGGAAAUGAACUCUUAAAACUCAAAAAAUUGAAAAUCACACGCGCGGGCAGAAUAUCAUUAAAUUUAAAGAAAUGCAAGAGAGGAUUGGGAAUGAAAAAGAUGUUAUACACUUGAAGAGAGAUGCGAUUGAAGGAAUUUGCGAAUCGGGCCAACUUUCAGAAUGUAUAUUGCACGACGCAUUCAGUAAAUGAUAAAAAAAACAAGAAGUAAUUUCUAUACCUUACGAAUACAAAUGUGAAAAUGGAAAAAAAUAAAAGCUAGCAACCGCCCAAAUGUACAGUUAUAUUAAUGAAAAAGAAAAAAUGAUGAUAUGGUUACAAGAACAUUGGUUUUUACUGAUAAACAAACACACACACACACGCAACACACACACAUACACACACUACUCUAUAAAUUUCUUUAGAGCUAUUGCAUUCAAGUAUGAGACAAUUAUGAUUAUAUUACGAUUAUAUAGUUGAACGCGAGGUAUUAAUUAUUAUAUUAUAUAUUAUGCGACGAUUUAAUAGUACUUAUAUGACAAGUAACUUAUCUGAACCCCAAAGUGCACCGGCUACUUUCAGCAGUGAUGCAACCAACGGUUUGAUAAGUUUUUAUUAAGGAUAAAAAGAUGAAACAAUUUCCCUGUACUUUUUUCCCCGAAUUUAAGCGAAUGUCUUCAUCCCCAUUCUUUAUAAAAUAUUUAAAUAAUGAUUAAUUUUCUUAUAUAAGACUUUUUGUCUUUUCUGAGCAGAAAAUUAUUGAUCAGCCAGUGUUCAUCGCUUGCCAAUGCGGCAAACCAGACAAACGGCAAAUGCUUUUGUAACUCGUGCACACACACGCAAACACACGACAAAGCGAGAACACAAUUUUGGCAUGCCGGUGAACAUUUUGUGGCAUGUGAGAUAAAUAUUCUGCUUAGAGGAAGAAAGGAAACAAACUUUAUAACGGAAUCAUAUAAAAUAAAGUUAUAAAAAUACAAAAAAAGAAA